AUGCACGAAGGUAGGAAUGAGCCUUCUUUCAUCUCUGCUAGGGAUUACACCAAUAGCGAUGCCGAGCCUUGCAAGAUACUCAGCCAGGUGUAUGAAGAGUCAAAGACCCCAAAGGGCAAGGCUGCUUUUCUUACAGUUCCUGUGUCUGUGGGUAUUGCUUGUCUCAAGUCGGUUCCCGUCGACAAGGAGCGUGACCUUGCGCUUCUGGACUAUCUUCAGCCUUUGAUCGAGUUUCAGAGCACGCUUGAGGUUCUGGCUGAUCCUCCAGAGGGAUACCUCUUCCCUGGUGUCAAUGUCUUGGGUGGAUUGGAUACUAUCCGUGACAACUUGAACAAGAACAAGUACAAGGGCCAGUACGAGGUCAUGACUGAUCUGCGCAGCCUUUUCGCUGCCGCCAACGAUCUCCACUUUGACUACCCCCCAGCUCUUCUCAACACCUUCCUCUAUGUCCGACGAGGCAUCGACUUCAAGUCAAUCUCUUCGGAUGGUCUCAGCCUUCCUCAGAUCUUCCACAGCAUUGAUGUCGUCCGUGGUAACGAAGGUAGUCUUACCUACUACCCCUCAGCCAUCAAGAGUAUCGAUGGCACCCCCAUCGACAAGUGGCUCGAGGAGGACGCUACCCGCAACACCAACAACAUGAACGAUCCCGACGCCCAGUGGAACAACCUCUUCUCGAACCUUCCCCGUUCCGCCGUGGGCAUGGCUGGCACGACGCUCAUCACGCAGUUUGAGAUUCCCGACAAGUACACCAUCAAGUUCUACAACGGCAGCACGCUAGAGGUUGUAAACGAGAUCGCCAUCCCCAACACCGUCGACUUUUCAGGCAUCGAGUCUGGCGAGGAUUUCCACGAGUACUUUGAGAUUCCUCACAACAAGACCAGCAAGAAGCCAUCGGGCAAUGAGCGUCGCGCCGCCACAGAGGAGAGCGCCAAUCUUAAUGGAUAUCCCAAGCCUGUUGUCAAGCACUCCAAGAAUUCGAUAACUUGUUACUUUCUCGAGGGCGAGGGAAACGAAAAGACGGCUGUCAUUUCCAUCCUGAGCUUCCUUCCCAUCGGCUUCGACUUUGCCACCCUCGGCGAUUUCAACUUUACUGAAUACGUUGCCGAGGGUGAAGAAGUGCUUGGCGAGUUCAUCAAAAAGGCCAAGAAGGCCGGCCGCGACAAGCUCAUCAUUGACGUCUCGGCCAACGGUGGUGGUUCUCUCGCCUUGGCCCAGUCCAUCUACCGUGUGCUGUUCCCUGAUGGCGAGUUCACCACCUUUGGUCGAUACCGCGCCACAGAGUCCCUCGCCGCCGCUACCGAAGCCGACUACGAGACACUCCUCGAUGUCCUCAUCACCAAGAGUAACGAGUGGCCCCUCGACACCAAGGGCAACGCUAUCGAGGAGGGUGAGAAGUGGUUUGGUCCUUACACUAUCAAGGGCGGCCAGAACAUGACUGCAGCGUUCCAGAGCAAUCUUGGCCGCUUCGAAGAUGACGAAGACUCUGGUAAAAAGACCCCCAAGGUCGAGCCUCCCUGGAAGCCUGAGAACAUUCUCAUCGUGACCGACGGCACUUGCGCUUCCGCCUGCACCGUCCUGACCGGUUGGUUAACCCGCAACUACGGUAUCCGUACAGUAGCCCUCGGUGGACGUCCCCUCCACCUCGCCAUGCAGGCUAUGGGUGGUGUCAAGGGUACUCUGCUCUCGUUCCACUCCGACUUUAUCUCUGCGACUGCAUCUUUCCUCUCAGGUGUCAAGAAUGACAAGAAGGCUCUCAAGAUUCUUCAAGUCCACGAGGAUGCAUUCCCCAGCCUUGACGAUCCUCCCCUGCUGCCCCUUACAGACGGCGCCAACGCUGGCAAGGUCAACGCGCUGAGCGGUUACACCGAGGACGACGUCGAUGGAUACCCCGUACACUUCCGCUACGAAGCCGCCAACUGCCGACUAUUCUACACACAGCGCAUGCUAGCUGACCCCUCCGAGACAUGGAAACACGUUUCGGCUGUGGGAUGGAGCGGUGCAUCUUGUGUCUCUGGAUCUACCGUCAACAGCGACGGUACCAUUGGUGACAAGGCGCUCAAGUAUGACGUCCGGGUGCGAAGCCGUGCUCGUGGUGUACAGGGUCCUGGAUCUCUGAAGAAGUAA